GCCAACAAGCGGGGGCGGAGUCAUCAACUCCCGGGCGAGGCAAAUUUUACAGAAAACCCCAAAACGCGCCCUCAAAUUCAUUUCGAAACCCUCUAGAGUCUCCCAAAUUCCUCCGAUACAAAUCAAAAUGCCUCCCGCGAUUACCCUCUCGUCCCUACCCCAAGGCGCUUCCUGCUGCGGUGCCGUCACCGCCCGCCGCCUCUUUUCCUUCAUUGCGAAAACCCACCCGCCUCUCGCACGUGGUCUCCAGAUUCCAUUUUGUCCCAAUUUCAACAGCAACCCUCGGAGUUUCGCAAAUUGCAGUUCGAGGACAAGGGGGAUGGUUUGCGCGCGGGUGGAUUGUCGUCGCCGGCGGCGGGCCGGCGUGUAUGGCCGUCGGUGGUGGUGACCGGAUCCGGGAGGAGGACGACGAGAGGAGGUCAAAGUUGUUAACUUUACCGACGGUGCUUACACUUGGGCGAGUCGCUGCUGUGCCGAUUCUUGUAAGCACUUUUUACAUGAAUGUUUGGUGGGCCACUACUGCUACAACAAGCAUUUUUGUUGCUGCUUCAGUUACAGAUUGGCUAGAUGGUUAUAUUGCUCGAAAGAUGCGUUUGGGAACUCCUUUUGGUGCAUUCUUGGAUCCUGUAGCAGAUAAGCUAAUGGUUGCUGCCACGUUAGUGAUGUUGUGCACAAGACCAUUGGAUGCUGCAAUAUUUGAAGGAAUGCCUUGGCUUUUGACUGUACCUUCAAUCGCUAUCAUUGGUAGAGAGAUAACCAUGUCAGCUGUUAGAGAAUGGGCAGCAUGUCAGAAUAGUAAAGUUAUUGAGGCUGUGGCAGUGAACAAUUUGGGGAAAUGGAAAACUGCGACACAAAUGACUGCUUUAACCAUCCUCCUUGCCACUAGAGAUUCAAGUCUCUCAGGGCAAGAUGGACUAGUUGCUUCUGGUGUAGUUCUACUUUAUGUUUCGUCCUUCCUUUCUCUGUGGUCCUUAGUCGCGUACAUGCGAAAUAUUUGGAGAAUCUUGCUUAAGUAGCCUCAUCUGGCUUUAAAAUACCGCUUUACUCCAAGGAUAUAUAUGUUAGGCUCCAUCAUGUAGUGACUGAAACAGCCAGUUUUCUUCCUGAGUUCAUGGGGACUCUCUUACUAACCAAAGCGAGCUCGAUCGUUAGGGAAUGAAUGGAAAAGUGUGCUAUAUAGAAGAUGGACGGAAGAACGUAUAAGCUGACAUGACAUCAUUUUGUGUAAAGAUUUUUUGCAUUGGUUUGAAUAAGGUGAAGAAUUCUCUUAUAUGGGGCUUAUAGAAGCAAUUCCAUGUAACUAUUGUUGAAGCCAGUAAUGUUGGCUUAAUUGGUGUUUACCGAACAAGUGAUGUAACAUAAGAUAUCUGUGAAAUGAGUAAUCACACAAUUCAUGUAAAUGCCAGAUACUCUUCAAAUAUUAAUAGGACUUUUUUUUAUAUUAA